CAGGGGACGGACCGUACACACUCCACGACUCCACGACUCCACGACUAAUCCGGCCGAAACGCGCGCUCCGUCUGCGGAAGUCCGUCCCACGACUCGGCCCGUCACCCGAAACGCACCUGCGAGACCUGCGAUCCGCGUUUCCGCACCAUAGUUAACCCAGGGACCAACCAGGUGGGUCUCUUCGGAUUCGGGAUCGACUCCUGGUUCCAUCAGGUGGGACCGAAAAGACCAGGCUGAGUCUGACUCUCGCGUCGGAGGAUGCCUAGAACCCUGGCUGCCGGAAGGAAAGUCGAGGAAAAAGGAACGGAGUGACCUGGACAACUGGUGCUGCCAGGUGGUUCCUUUGGCUCGAGAGGGAUCGCGUGGACCAGGUCGCUGGAGGCGGCUGGGAGGUCCUGGUGGAGUGCCGUCGGUUUGGACGGAUCUUGGAGGAACUGGUUCCCAGGGAGAAGGAGUGCGCGAAGAUGCCCGGCGAGGAGGGUCGGUCCGUCCUGGGACGCUGGUCGCCCUGAUGGCGAGGGACAUAUCCUUGGGAAGACACACCCUGGGGGGCUCCUGCUCGUCUUCCCAGACUUGUGGGCGCGCCUGCUCCUAGGGCUCCUGUGACAGUGCAGUGGGUGAUAGGUGCGACCGUUGUGCGUUUUCGCGGGGACUCUGGCAGCCUUUUCGGCGGAGCUCUGGGGAGACAUGUCGGCGUACGCGCAGUUCGGAUACACCUAUCCGUCGGCCUCGCAGCUUCUGGUGAGCGGAGGCCAGCCGACGACGGCGACGUCGCCGGUGAUGUCAUCGGGAGGCGCCCUCAGCCCCGGCGCCCUGUCGCCGUCAUCGACGACCACCACGACGACGGGGGCCGCGCCGGGGGCGUCGGGGGGCGCCACGACGCCCGUCGGGGGUGGGUCCUCGGGGCCCGGGCCCGGAUGCUGCGAAAAUGGCCGACCCAUGAUGACGGAUCCCGUGACGGGCCAGACGGUCUGCUCCUGUCAAUAUGACAGCGCGGCCAGGUUGGCCCUAGGGGCCUAUCCUAGGUUGGCACCCACUGCCACCUCCUACUCCUCCUAUCCCACCCCUACGCCCUCCACCACCGACCAGGGGCCCUAUCCCAGCAUCGGCAUGGACAGCUCAGCGUUCUACUCUCCCCUGGGAAACCCUUACGGACUUAAGGACGCGACGGGAAUGGGAAUGACGGCGGACAUGGGCGCAGCCUGGGGCACCGCCGCUCUCCAACCAGCCGCCACCGGGUACUACCCCUACGAUCCUACGCUCGCCGCCUAUGGGUACGGGGCCGGCUACGACCUCGCGGCCCGGAGGAAAAACGCGACGAGGGAGUCGACGGCCACCCUGAAGGCGUGGCUGAACGAGCACAAGAAGAACCCCUACCCCACGAAGGGCGAGAAGAUCAUGCUGGCGAUCAUCACCAAGAUGACGCUGACUCAGGUGUCCACCUGGUUCGCCAACGCGAGGCGGAGGCUGAAGAAGGAGAACAAGAUGACGUGGGAGCCGAAGAAUAAGACCGACGACGACGACGACGCGGUCCUGACGGACUCCGAGGACAACAAGGACAAGGACGAUCUGAGCUCCGACAACCGGACCGAGAGGGUCGGCGACGAGGCCAGGAGAGGACUCGACGACAACGAGCCGAUGAGGCACGUCAAGGCGGAGCAUCUGCAGCACGAGAAGGACCUGGAGGACGAGGACGACCUCGACCUCGAGGAGGACCCACGGCGGGGCGAGCACCCGUUCCACCACUCGAUGCAGCAUCACCACCACCAGGGUUACGGAGCCGAGGACCACCUCAAAGACGAGGCCAUCAAGUCGGAUUGCAGCGCCGGUGGGGUGCCCAUCCCGGCCACCAAGCCGAAGAUCUGGUCCCUGGCGGACACCGCAGCCUGCAAGACGCCGCCUCCGCCGAGUCAUCCCCAUCAUCAGCAGUACCCUCACCAUCAGCACUACGGUCAGCAGCAGCAUCACCUGGGGAGCCAGGGCCACCACCACUCGCAGCAGCCCUGGCUAGGUUCCGGUGGUGGUAGCCUGGGGUCCUUCGCCCUGCCAUCUUCCGCGUCCAUGAGUCCGUCCUCGGGGGCCACCGCUCCCUACUCCAGCGCGGCCACCAGGUACGGAGGCUUCCUGUCGUCGUCCUCCGGUGGACAGCUACACUACAAUCCCAACUCGUCCGGAUCCUCGUCCAAUGCCUCCUCGGCGGCGGCGGGGUUUCCAGAGGUUGGGACGGAUACGCCGCCGCAAACCCCGCCGAACAUGAAGGUGGCCACCCCCAACGGGGUGAUCCAGGCUCCUCCUGGGGCGUAUAUCCCUGGUGGCAGCAACGCCACCAAUAACGGCUCCGCGCACUAUGCCUCCGGCAACCACAACGGCGGCUAUCUCUCCUCCAGCGCCGGCUCCGCCAGCAACGGCUUCUCCUCCAGGCUCCAGAACUCGCCCCAUAAGGACUUCUCCCCCGUCCCGCAGAACUCCAUCGGCCAUCAGCAGACCACUGCCAACCUGCCGCCCACGGAGGCCACCACGGCGUUCAAACCCUUCUACAAAGGGUCCCAGACGAUGAGCAGUGGCUUCGUGUCGCCGGUUUAAGACGGGGUCCAGGGUCCCACGGGGAAUCGCCCUUACUCGAAAGAUUCUACGGAUGCUGAGAUGGCAGCAUCGAGCGGUAGAGUUCCGAAGGUUGCCGGAGGUCCUGGAGAUCCCGAAGGACCCGAGGGCCUUGGGAGUCCAGGAGUCCCUGAAAACGUCCCCUGCGAGUAGCCCAGGCUAGGAAAGCCGAAGAACUUGCCGAGGAUCUGGGCUGGGAUUUCGGGGUCCUCGGGAAUCCGGAACCUCGCGUCCCUGGAUCUGGACCUCCUCCAGGAUCAGGAAGGGGAGUAUGCCACUUUCUCCUUUUCGCUUCCUCCGGUCUGCUGGCUCCCAGAGCGAGGACUGGGAACUCCGGUUGGACACCGAGCCCAGGAGGAAGAGAACUAAACCGGGCAAUGUGCAAAUAGCACCGUGCGAUUCGCAGCUGCGAAGGCCCGAGGACGCGCGAGCCCCUGAUAAGCACCUUAUGACAAGGACCCACUGACAACGCGGGGCUCGCAUCCUCCUCGCGGCCCCAUAACCUACCUACCUACCUGUUAGGAUAACGAGCUACGACUUUAGAGUAACCGAUUACGAUUAACCCGAUUGAUUAUCGCAGUGGAUGAAUAUUAACGUAUUUUAGGCCGUAGAGUCGUAAGUACGCCGAGCCGUCCUUAUCAGGACUCGCGAGAUGGGAUGCGCUCGCAGCAGGCUGAGCCCCUCGAGACCGCCCGAUCCCCAGAGAUCGUUGAUUAAAAGUAUCAUAAGAACCCCUAGAAUCUUCCAAAUCAUCGCUACAACCGCUCCCUAUUACUGGAAAAGAAGAUUCAAUAAUAUUGGUCAUUUUUUUAAAUAUUUAGAAUAUUUACUUUGGUUACAAUUUGGGGUUAUCUCAAGUCGGUGAUGGGAUCGGGGCGUCUCGAGGUCCUCGCUCCUCCCGUCGUGCAUAUAUAUAAAUAUAUACAUAAAUAUAAAUACAAAUGAAGAUAUAUAGAUAUAAAUAGCCCGAUCGAUUAUAUAUGUAUAUAUAGGUUGCCGUGCGGCACGAGGGCGCGUACACGAUUAAGUUCGCGAGCGAAUCGAUCGGACCUCGAGCGAUCGUGGCACUCUCUUCGUUCGGCAUAGGAGGAGACCCGUUUCGAAUUUCACAUCCCGGCUACAGAAUGCAGCACGAGCCAGCCGUGCUUUUCGACGAUUUAAUUCCGCAGGGCCGCAAAUGGGCCGCGGGUUACCCGAAAUAAAUUCCGCGGCAGACCGCUCGCGCCGUUAUCGCUCCAUUGCACAAUCAGCCCUUUCGGAGGGCGAUUUUCCUAUCAAGAACGUCGGAAAAUGAAGAAGAGAAAACGACGAAACGCGUCCUUUCCUCUUGCCUUCUGGGAUCUUAAUUUGCAUAUCCCGGAGAAAACGCUGCACCUGGAAACUGAAUUCACCCCUCAUCUAGCAGUCCCGAAUUUUGGAUAUUUUUUUAUACGGAAUUCGUCUAUCGUGGGAGGGAGAAAUAAAAGGAGGGGCUAGGAGGAGCUACUGGAAAGCCUCAAAAUUAUUGAAAAUAUUUUUUUAAGCCACUCCUGACAAGUAAUUCAACUCUUCCAUCGGCGCAUCCUUGAAGAGUCCGGAAAGAAAUCGCACCCCAUUUUGCAGCUCGGGCGGGUCGAAGGGUCAUCGAAGAUUGUACAUUGUCCUGUAAAGAGAGACCGGCACGAGGAAGAGGAAUGAUAAUUAGAGGAGGGAAAAGGAAGGACUAACCGGAGAUAUACAAUUUAUUUAUAUAUAUCUGUGAUAUAAAGGGGAGGAAAAAAGUAUCGCUACGUAUACUCUUACUAAGACGGUCGGUGCUCGGUGCAUUCGUUGACACGCGCAUAUGUUGCACGAUGUUCAUAAUUACAUGUACAUAAUUAUACGACAUACGUCGCAUUGCGAGGGUGAAGUGCGCCUGCGCAGGGGGUGGGAGAGUCACAGGGGAAGGGAGUGAUAACCGUACCCGAAACAGCGUACUGCAAUCCUUGCACUGUGCUAAUUGUUGUGAAUACACAUUACACGAUAUACAUAUACAUAUAUAUAUAUACAUGGCACGGGACAAUACCCUGCGCGUGCCUAGGCCCUCCGUUUGGUUAUCCACGCGGGAAUCACGACUGUAAAUUAAU